ACCCUUCUGAAAUGUACCUACGGAAAACAGAAACUCCGAGCCUCAGGUUAAGAUCCCAACCAAAUCGAAGCUUAGCCUCGGUCCGAAACCUAGCCUCGCCCACAGUAGUUCGUUGAAAAUUUGACACUAUUUCGAUCGCUUUAUCUCUCUGCUCUCUUUGCAAAUCAGCUCUCUCUCUCUCUGUACAAUUUUUCUACCUUCGAUUCCAAACCCUAGAAUUCGAAUACUCAAAGGAUCCGGAGCUCCACCGGUGUCAACGUCGACAUUUGCGUGAGAUUUAUUUAUGAAUUAUCUUCAAAUACUGUUAUAAGCACUAGUGCACGAAAUGUUGUGCAUUCACUUUGUGCGGAGUGUUGCUUUUGUACAGUAAAUUUUCAGCUUGUACUACCCAUUUUGUUCUUGAUGUUUUGGUAUUUUUUGUUUUUUUUUUUAUAAUGGAGGUGUUUGGCCGAGCUUUGAAUUAUUUAUAGGGUAGCUGCCACCUCCCACUAGCGAAAGAACAUGGUUACUCUGCCAACUAAGACUUAAACAGAUGUAAAGAAAUCACCUUUAUUUUUUGUGUUUGCAAAAAUUUUUAACCUUGUCUCCAUGCUUUUCAUUAAGGUAUUCAUUUCAUCUGUAUAUAUUGAUUCAUCUAAGAUUUUCCAGAGAAGUUAUAGCAAAAAUGGUGUCUUUUUAACCUAAUUGCCUUCCCUAACAAACAACAACAUACCCAAUGUAUUCCCGCAAAGUGGAGUUUGGGGAAGGUAGAGUGUACACAAACCUUACCUUCACCCCUAUCCACAAAGCAAACAAAGUUUAUUGUUAAUACUUUUAGGUUUUUGACAGAAUGUCAUUAUCAAUAUGUUGCCCCCUACCAACCCAAUGUGAAAAGGUGCUUAUCUGCUUUCGGCUCUCUCUAUAUAUAGAUCAUGUGGGCAUUGAAUGUUGAAUGUCUUUUACAACAACAACAACAUACCCAUAGUAUUCCCACAAAGUGGGGUCUGGAGAGGGUAAGAUGUGCGCAAUCCAUACCACUACCUCCGACAAAGUAGAGAGAUUGUUUCCGAUAGAACCCCGGCUCAGGACAAAUAAUAGUAAAAGAAAAACAUGAAAACAACAAACAAAAAGGGAUAACACAACAACAACAACAGUCCCAGUGUAUUCCCACAAAGUGAGGCUUGGGGAGGGUAAAAUGUACGCAGUCCAUACCGCUACCUUUGAGGAAGUAGAGAGGCUGUUUCAAAAAGGGAUAACACACCAAUAGAAAAUAAAAAGAAAUAGGACACGCACAGAGUAAUGCGAUACACAAUCUGUUGAAUGUCUUAAAAAUUUUUAUUUAUAGUUUUAUAUUGAUUUUGCUUUGGAAUUUAUCAUUCUUGGAACGGAUGUGUUGGAUUUUGAAAGGAAAGAAGAAAAAUUAGUAGCAAGACAAAGAUGUCCAGAAGUAGAGUUAGCAACUGGAUCACUUAGUUUGUUGUGUGAGGACUUGUCUCAUUUAUUAUUUAUGUAGUCAAGCUUUCCUUUUGUAUGAGUUCCUAUUUAUUCUUUAGUGUCUAGAUUUAAGCUUCAUGGCUGGAUAGAAGUGAUAGGAAAAAGAGAUCCCUAGAUUCUUUUGAAUAUAAACUUGAGAAUCAAUUAGCAAAGAACAGGAUUUUUCCUUUUGCAUCUUAAUAUAAACUUGAAGAAUAGUGUUUCUGUGAAUCCAUGAGACAUAAUUACAUGUGGUGAACUUGCCUGAGUUGAUAAUGGAAAACAAGAUACGGUUAUCAAAAAAGUAAUGACAAACAAGAUACCAAUUUGAAAAGUUUGCUGGCAUUCCACAUUGCUGAUUUAGUAAUGGUUUGGCAAUGACAUGAAGCUAAUCAGGAAAAAAGUGUAUCGCGGACUUGACAUGUCAAUUGACAUAAACGACUAACUUGAGUGGGUAGCUGUAAUAGAUUGAUCAGUCGACAAAUGUAGAGGCUUGACUUGACUGGUUAGUUGAUGUGAACUGAUAAUAUUAGCCCUAGACAGAUGCUGACUGUCUCGCUUGAUAGGUUAGCCAAUAUGGUCAGAAAAUCUGGUGUUGCAUUGGGCUCGGGGAAUAGACAAAAGUAGGUGCACUAUGCAAAGAAAGAAAACUUGACGAGUCAGGUAUCAUAUAGGGCUGUCGUUUACAGGGAGACUACUUGAAUGUGUAGAGGAUCAACUUUGAUACCGUAUGGAAAAAGAGAAAAAAAGGGAAAGAAAUGUGUGAAUUUGGUUGGUGACGACAAAGAAAAGGACUCCUUUUAAAGAAGUUUUGAAGCUACAUGAAUGAGGAAAGUUUUUGGAGUUCGAGGCAGUGAUUCUUAGCUUUCAAGAGAAGUGACACCAAACUAUGUCUAAAAGAUGAAUUGCACAUCUGUUGUGACGUGAGGUUGUUACUUAUUUGAUACUCAUUGAUACCUUUUUAUGCUAAUAACCACGUAGCAACAUUCAAGAGUCAAAGACUUCAGGGUGAAAUCAUCUAUGCCUGGCAACGAUGUUGGAGAUAGGGUUCACAACUUCUUUGCACAGGACAGCUUGUCGCAAAAGCAGUAUAAUUCCCCAGUAGUGGAUGGGAAUUGGUUAGCUCAUAGUAACCAUCUGUGGGUUGGAAGUCAGAGACAGAUAGGUGCUUUGACUUCCAACACAGAGAAUUACAAUUUACAUAACUCUGAUAGCGGCAAAGGGUCGAGCAGUUAUCCCUUUACCGGCCAGCAUUGCUUGAAUUAUAUGCAGUCCACUCCAAAGCCCGAGUUUGGAAAGGGUCGGUCACAAAAUCAACAGACAAAUUUGAAUGGCUACAUGUAUGGUAAUCAGUUUUACCAGACAAGGCAGGAUGAAUCCAAAUUUCUCACUAUCGAUAUGGGUUAUGAUCAAUGUAGUCUAGCCUCAGGCGGCUUAUCUCCUUAUGCAUCACAUCAAGGAGUGGGUCCAGAACAGCAGACAAGAGUACUGGUUAGGUCAGAACCUUCUGAGAGCCCUGCUAGUUUUGAUCUUUUUGGUGGUCAGCAAAUGAACUGUCAGCAAUCAAACAUGCUGCAGUCUCUGCUGGGGCAGCAGUCUGGGCAUAGUGACAUGCAGCAAGUGCAUCUCAUGUUGAAGAUGCAGGAACUUCAGAGGCAGCACCAACUUCAGCAAUUAGAUACCAGGCAGCAAGAUGCACUAAAUCAGGUUUCCACCUUAUCUAAGGUGGCAUCUGGUAGCCAUCCCCCUACAUUGGUUCAUGACACUACAAAUUCUGGUACAUUAAAUGAUCCUUGGUCAAGUAAUCUUGGCAACAGGAAUUGGUUGCAAUGUGUCUCUCCAAUCAUUCAGGGAUGUUCCAAUGGACUGACUCCAACAAACAUUGGCCAAGCACAAGACUUAAUUCCUCUAUCAGCUGACCAAUCUCUAUAUGGAGUUCCUGUUUCUGGUUCUAGAGGAAGUAUGAACCCAUUUUCACAAGGAGUAGCCGAUAAGCCCAUAACGCAGCCAAUGCCAACCUUUGAUAGUUCAUUUCCAGUUAAUCAGUAUGCUGGAUUGCAGGAUCAAGCCAGUGGGCAGGAUGAGACUUUUGUUCCUAGACAGAGGUCCCCAGGCGACAAUCUUUCUGGACAUGCUCCAAGUCACUCUGUGACUAAUGCAGUAAAUAUGGAGAACCCUCAGCAAGCAAAUACUAUACUGAGAAGUUCAGCUUUCCAGGACUUUUGUGGCAGACAGGGUCUAGCUUCAGAGAACUCACAGGAGAAAGCAGAUGCACAUGUUUCUUCCUCACAGAAUGAAGUUGGCUUAGAUCCUGCAGAAGAAAGAAUAUUGUUUGGUUUAGAGGAUAAUAUAUGGUCGUCCUUUGGCAAGAGCCCUAAUAUGAAUGGGGAAGGUGGUAAUCCAUUUGAUGGUGAAGAAUUAAUGAAUGGGAUUUCUUCUAUCCAAAGUGGUACUUGGAGUGCACUUAUGCAUUCGGCUGUUGCAGAAACUUCUGGCAGUGACCUUGGGGUACAGGAGGAGUGGAGUGGUUUAAAUUUUCGCAGUACUGAAAUUCCUUUGGGAAUUCGGAAUUUGAUCUAUAACAGUGGAACACAUAAAACAUCUUCUGCUGAAGAGAAUUUGCCCCGAAACUCAUCCGUAAAUUCUGUUUCUGUUCAGCCCUCUGAUGGUACCAAUAUGAAUGAUAACUAUUCCAUUGUCCAGGGCCAGAGACUUGCAUAUGAGCCAGGCCCGAGUUUGCAUGCCAACUCUUCUCAAAGGCUUGUCCAGUCAUCGGAGGAAGGAAACAAGUGGACAAAUUCUGGUCCAAGGCAGAAGUCAGCUGUUGAAGUAAGCCAGAGGAUGUUUGGGAGCAGUUCUCGUCCUAUUAACAGAGAAAUAAAUAUGAAAAAGAUUUCUGGUCCUUUGACAUCUGAGCUUGGUGGAGCUAGACAACUUUGGGACAAAACAGCUGGUUGGAGUGAUGCAGCUUUAAGAGUUUCGAGUGAGAACUCAUCAAAUUGUUCCCAAGAUGACAAGCGGAAGAAAUUCAUCCAAGCUGAAGUUGUUCAUCAUGGUGUGAUGUGGAACUCUAUCUCUGGUCAUAAUUCUGCAGUUGAUAUGGAGCAUGUGGGAUCAUCUAUCUCUAAUCACCAAGUGAAUUCGGAAACCAGUCAACUUCAAAGUAAUUAUCAUUCUGAUUAUUGGAAGAACACUGUUCCCUUUGUCAAGUCUACAUUAAGCAAAGGCUUGGGAGUUUUGCAGCGUCAUGUUACCAAAGACGAUCAGGUCUUGGACAGGGGUAUUAGUGAUUUAGAAACUAAAAUGCAUGGGAUUCAGAACAGCGAUAAUAUGGUAUCGAAUGACAGAUGCCACUCUAACUUUAUUCCUCACUCAUCUACUGCUAAUAUGAGGGAAAAUAUCUUGUCAGAUUCUAGUGAUUCAAGGUAUCUUCCCACUAGGAAGCAGAAGUCGCCCGAUCAGGCUGGCCAGAAAAAUAUUUGGCCUGGCAAGUUUCAGUAUCAUCCCAUGGGAAACACGGAUGAGGGUUUAGAUCCUCCUUAUGACAGGAAAAAGUCUAGCCAUCCUCAGUCUAUGCUGCUGCAGAAUGUCAAUCAUGGCCAGUCGGAAGUAUUUGGGGCUACUAAGAGUCGGGAAGAAUUCGAAGAGGGGCAGCCAUAUGAUGUUAUGAGAGAUGGAAAAGACUUUACUGAGGUGCAUUCGCAAAGCAGCUUUCAAAGUGGUGGAUCUAGUAUACCUGGUCCCUUCAAUAAAUCAGACUUACAUUCACGAAAUAAACCUGCACAAACUAGUUCAAACAUGCUCCAGCUUCUUCAGAAGGCAGACCAAUCAAGUGUGCAUGUUUCUAUGACUCAGUUAAGUAAUUUUGAACAGAAAGUAUCAUCUGAGAUGCCUGAAGCAGAAGAUUCUGAGGGGUCCGUUGGUCAUCUCCAGCGAAGUCAGUCUUCUGCCUCUCAAGGCUUUGGUCUACAACUUGCCCCUCCAUCUCAACGGGUAGCUAUCCCAAACCAUUCCUUGUUAUCUCAGAGUACCCAAGCAGUUAGGUCUUCGCACUUUCUUGCCGCUGAGGAGAUCGGAGAGCAGAGUCAGGGACUGAUGCACCCUCCUCAUCAGGGUCAAUCAUUGCCUCCUGCUGAACACUCUCUGAAAGAGUUAAAUAAUAACAGAUCUGGGGUUCCAGGGAGUACAUAUGAUGAAGCUUCUUUGUACACGGUGCCUGGAAAGUUUUCUUCAGCAUUUGAUUCUAGUUCUGGUUUUCCUUACUUGAGAAGCCCACUUCAAAAUCCACCUGUGGUUAGAGCUACUGGGCAACUGUCAACAAAUCAGUCUUUUGAUAAACAUGGUCCCUCUUCUGCAGAGAAAAGUGACUCUCACAGAGGACCUGGAAGUGGUCAAUCUGUACAGGCUUCCUUACCCGACGGGGCUGGUGACAAUAAACAGGAUAACCCUUCAAUCUCUGCAGUUAAAUCUGAAAGUAAUGCCAAUGGUCCCCAUGAAAGGCUCUCCGCAAAUCGAGUUUCAUCUAAAGAGCCAGGGUCAGUUUCUCAGCCUAGUUCAAUGACUGGCAUCGCCCAGCAGGGGGCAUCUUCAAAAAUGUUCGCUAAUAUGUGGACCAACUUUCCAACACGGCAGCCCCUUUUUGCUACUCAAUCCGCCAAGGAGUCCUCUCAUAUUCACCAGUCACAUCAAUUGAAUAAUAUGGAGUCAUCACUGUCUGCUGCAGAGAGGCAAAUUGAUCCAGAUGCAAAUAAAGGAUGGAAGUUCACAUCUGAGCUUGGUACAAGCAUAGUUAAUAUUUUGGGGUCCUUUAAGAGGGAAGAACGAGUGAAAGAAAGUGCUUCUCAACAAGUACCAUUUCAAAACAUUGAACCCGUUGAGAAUAAUGAUUCACAGGAUAGAGGACCUGUCAUGAAUCUCUCAGAAGGAUCUCCUGGAAAUUCUACAAUGCAGAGGGAUAUUGAAGCUUUUGGUCGAUCUCUGAAACCAAAUAAUUUUCCUCAACCAAAUUAUUCCUUACUAAACCAAAUGCAGGCUAUGAAAGAUGUGGGGACUGAUCCAACUGAGAUGCCCUUGAAAAGAAUGAGUGUAUCAGACAGCAAUAUGGGUGUUCAACAAAUUCUUUCUGCCGAUUCUGGAAUCCUAAGCUUCUCUGGGCAGGAAAAUUUAUUAAGAAGCGUAUCAUCGCAACAAGGAGGAAAUGUGACUCCUCAGGAUGUACUUGCAUCUCAUUAUGAUGAUGCUCAGAGCAGCUCUCUGAACAACUGUACAAAUUCUUUAAAAUCUCAGCAUACUCAGAUUAGUCCUCAGAUGGCACCUUCCUGGUUUAAUCAGUAUGGGACCUUCCAAAAUGCACAGAUUUUACAGAUGUAUGAAGCAAACAGAGCUGCGUCCAUGAAGACAGUUGCGUCCAUGAAGACAACUGGUCAACCAUUUACCCUUGGGAAGUCUUCCAGUGGUUUGCAGGUAUUUGAUUCUAUACAGAGAGUAAUACCUGCAAAUGCUGAUAGAUGCAAUCAUGGGCAAAGCUCAUUUGCUAGCUCUGCUGUCAUUGAAGAUUUUUCUUCUCCACAGACAUUGCCGCUGAAUGUUGGUCAGCAUCACCAAUUGCUGUAACCGAAGAAGCGGAAACGCGUUACAUCUGAACUUACUCCUUGGUGCAAAGAGUUUUCACUGGAUUCAGGGGGGAGGCAGACAAUCAGCUUGGCAGAAACAGAGUGGGCGAAAUUAAAUAAUAGGCUUGUUGAAAAGGUUGGAGAAGACAGUUACUUGAUUGAACAUGGCCCUCGGAUGCUUAAAGUUAAAAGAAGACUUAUUUUGAUCACUCAGCUUAUGCAGCAAUUAUUUUGCCCUCCUUUCGUAGUUCUUUUUUCUGAUGAUAACUCGGAGAACGAGAAUGUGGCAUACUCCACUUCUAGAUUGGCGUUGGUGGAUGCAUGCAGCAUAGUCUCGUGCUCAAAUGGUGAUUACAAUGCACCUGACACUAGCAAAGAAUUAUUUCAUGACAAGCACAAAAGAUCGGAGAGAUCUGACAACCAUAUGUUUGUUGUUGAAGAGUUGACGGUAAGAGCGAGGAAACUGGAAAGUGAAUUUUCGAGACUGGACACGAGAGCAUCAAUAUUAGACGUGAUAGUGGAAGGCCAGGAUAUUGAGAAGUUCUCGGUCAUGUAUCGGUUUGCGAAGUUCCAUGGUCGGGUGCAAUCUUAUGGUGUUGGUACAGCAUCUUCAUCAGAUGCACGUAGCCAUAAACCUUUAGCACAGAGAUAUGUUGCUGCACUUCCAAUGCCAAAAAAUCUCCCUAGCAUGGUACAGUGUCUUUCACUAUGAUCAUAAAGGAAUUGAAUUUCCCUGUGUUUUGGUGGUAAUUCCACUAGCUCUACUUCCCUAUGAAGUUUUGGUGCUAAAUAUGCUGGCACUGGCAACAGAAAUUGAUGGGCACACUGAAUUGUCACCUCAAAUGUAAUGUAGGCUGUCCAGUAUUUACAUGUUGGCCAUUUAUGUCUUACCAAGAAAUAUGAUUCAUUUGUGUACAUCUCUUUUAGUUUGUAGGGAGGGAGAGAGCACCUGGGGGCUUCAGUUUUGCCGUCAGUAGAAAAAAUGCAUCUCAUGUGAAUUAGGAGAUGCCUGUAUAUAGUUAGUCGUCAGUGUUAUAUGUGUUAUACUUCAUCUUGCAGAAUUGUGAAGGUAAAUCGUAAGGUCUAGAGUAUUUCAGAUUGGCAUAUUUCAGUAAACAUCAUGAUGUUCCAGGCUUUUGCUGAACUGAAAUUAUUUGUAGAUUUACUAUGUUUAAAUGGGAGCAGCAGCAAAUUUAGGCAGCUGUAAAAGAGCGUUAACAGUACUACUACAUUCUAAUUAGCUCUCUUGUACAGACCUUGUAAAGGUUAUAGCAACUCGAGACUCGAUUCAAUCU